AUGAAGGUAAUGAAUGCCAACCUGCUGAAACAAGAGGAGAGGAAAGUGAAAAGAUGGCUGAAGAAGCAAGCACAGAUCUCACCCUCAAUGUCCUAUAAAACACUAUACUAUAAGACAUACAGCUAUCCUGAGUCCAGUCAAGAUCAAUACACGGACACAAGGCCAGUCUCGGUGAAAGAAUCCAUUGACAUUCCUUGGAGCCAGUUUGGGGACCAUCUGCCUAACUUCGUGAGCUUUCUGCGACUGCCAACCAAAAGACCCAGCUAUGAUUUAAAGCAUUCCAAGGACCUCACACCCUUCAGUGGAAUGAAUCUGCCCAUGCAAACCCUCUUGGCCAGAAAUGCAAAUGCUCCCAGGAACAGCACCUACAAUAUGCCCCCACCUGGAAGAGAUACCAAGAAGGGAAGCAGCUCCAAACCUUCCAGCCUGGAUAACAGCAUCUCCCUCCACGAAGCAGUGGCGUUGUUUCCUUCCUUGCAACGGCUGUUGAAAAAAGGCGACCAAUUCACCCUUUCAAACCUACAUCUUCAUAAUCCAGUCUCUGGGCAAACUGCCUUGCAGAAAAAACUCAAGAACAUGCUCGAAAAGGAAAGGGAAGAAGAUAAAUUCAGGUCACUAGAGUCAUUGCCUCAGAUGAAACCCGAAGAAAUUCUGAGCUGCAGGUACCUUCGUUUGUCCCAGAGUAAUAUCGACACACUGUUGGAGCUCUGCAAGGAAUCUGGGAUUUUCAUAGACUUGCAUCCUCACAUGAAAGAGUCAGACAUUGAUGUUAUGACUGUUCUUUCAUCCAACCCUGGCAGGGCUUUAGCCCCUUGGUUUGCCCCAGAGAAGAGAAGAAGAGGCAAUGCCACAGUCUUCUUGCCCCCUCUGUUUGUCAAGCAAGGCAGUGGGAACAAUGGUGAGGAGGAGGAAGAGGAGGAGGAGGAAAAGCAGCUGUUGGUGGUGAGAAAUCAAGCUGACUGA